AGGUAUGCUUUAAACAAGUCUUAGGCAAAUGUUCUUAUCUAUUCUUUCCAACCAAAAAUAAAUCAGAUUUUUAGAUUUUUUCUUUACUAAUAAUUUUUCAAAAUAUAACACUCAAAGUAGGAUCACAAAAACCAAUUUGAUUUUAAAGAAGUUAUGAAAAAAGAAUUAAAACUAGAGGAUAUUUUAUAUGAUAUUGAGAAUGGACUUGAAUUUCUCAGUCACACAAUCAAAAAAGACAACGUUUAUACAGUUAUUAUUGGUCCAACUGGGGCUGGUAAAAGUACUAUAGCUAAUGUUUUAAAUAAACACAAAGUUGAAAUUAGUUUAAUUGAUGGUAAAAAGGUUUAUGACGUUGUUGGUGAGUCAACUAUAAAAAUUGGCCACAAAAAUGUGUCUACCACAAAACGUCCAAAUAUAGAAAACUCUUAUAUUGAUUGUCCGGGGCUUGGAGAUACAGAACCAGCAAAAGAACUACAAAAUGCUGUUUACAUGCAAAAGGUAUUUAGUUGUGAAAAAUUUAGAGUAAUAAUAGUGACAGAGUCUUCCUCAAUAUUUGAUGGAAGAGCACAAGUUUUUAUUAAAAUGCUUGAAAAUCUUAAUGAUUGUAUGGGAAAACAAUUUGUAAAGUAUUCUAAGCAGUUUGGGUUGUGCAUUUCUAAAGUGUCUCUGGAUGACUUUGAACUUGGUGUGACAGAUGACCCGUCUGAAUUUUCAAAAAUAAUUAAACAACAGGUUGCUUUAUCAACAUAUCAGGAUUUGGUAGAGUCACUUCAAGAUCGUAUUAUGUGCUUUACAAAAAAUGAUUCCUAUGAAUCUAUAACAAGAAAGCUUAUGAAUUUCAUACCAAAAGUAGUUGCUGGUAACGCGGUACCUAUUUCUCCCAUUUUAUCUCCCGCAGGAAUAUUAACUAUUACUUCAAUGAUUGAAGAUGUUUUUAAUAAAAUUAAUGAUUAUAAUAACAAAAAUGUGGGUAAAUAUAUUAAGAAUAUUAGAAAUAAUUUAAAAACCUCUGAAAUUAUUAACAUGACAGAAUAUAUAAACAAAUUAAAUAAGCACGUUGGUAGUAAAAGAGCAGAGUUAUUUAAAAUUGGCAUAGAAAGUAUAGAAAACUCUAGUGGGAUGAAUGAUCUUGUAACAAAUAUAAUUGUGUUUAAUGAAAACAUUAAACAUCAAACGUUAAUAACAACUUUAUCUAUUGAUGGUUUAAAACCAAUUAGGUCAAUUGCUUGCAUGUUUCUGAAGUCUAAUGAUUUUUCUGAUUUUUAUAAACAAAAAUUUACUGACAUUAUCAAGCCAGUAAUGAAGCUAGAGGAGAAGUAUGAAAAUUUUUUAAAAGAUAUAAACACAAUGGAAAAAGACUGGAAUAUAUUAAAAGAUUUUACAACAAGUAGUAAUUGGAAAAAAAUUUUUGCUCUUGGAGUUGGUAUUGCUAGUGCAGGUGUUUUAGCUGCUGAUUCUAUUCCAUCACUUGAAUUAAGUAUUAGUAAAGCUACUAAACUAACUGCAAGCAUUUUUACAGGUUGUAGCCUAAUUUUAGGAGGUUUGACAUCAAGUCAUGAAGUAAUAGAGAGUUGCGACACUUUUGAAAAAAAUCAUCCUGAAAUUAAGCCUUAUGCCAAUGAAUUUAGACAAAUUUAUAAAGGAUUGCCAAAUACUUUUGCUGAAUUAUGGAUUGAUUCUCGUCCAACAGAUAUGGGUAAUUAUCUGCAAACUUUAAGAUAUGAGUUAAAAACUGCUCAUAUCGAUAAUUUCAGUUCUCAAUAUAAUGAUAUUAGUUGAAUUUAAAAAAAUUGAAAAAAAAAUAUCACUACAAAAAGUUAUAUAACAAGAGAUAAAACUACUUUUUUAUUUUUAAUUGGCACGCAAUAAUUGUUGUUGUUUAUUAUAUCUUUUUACUAUGACCUUUUAGUUGCAAGUUUCAUUUAUAUAUUGUGAUUUAUAAUAUAAUGUUUUCAAAGUUUAGCUUAGCUCAGUAAACUUUUUUGAAAAGUUUAACUAUUGCUUAUGUUUAACUAUAAAAGCGUAAAAAUUAAAUACAAAAAUAUAUGCAAUGAUAACUAGUAAGUAAGGAAAAUAAUAAUAAUAAUAAUAUAAUAAUAGAAGUUGACUAAAUAAUAUGUUAAAAAAAAAAUUAAAUAUAUCUUUGUUAAUUUUUACAAUGUAUCGAACUAUAUAAGUACCAAAUAGAGUAUUUGUACACUCCACUUCUCACAUACUUAUUUAAGUCAGCCGAUGUAUGUAACUACACUGCAAAUACGGCCAUAUCAGUCAUUUUAUGUACGCAUUUAUUACUAUUAUUAUUGUACGAAACUUUCAAAAUAUAAAUAAUAAAUAAAUAUA